GCACAGUAGUGGUAAAGCUUCUCGCCGCUCUCUGCUUGCAAGCGCGCGACGACGACGCGUUGUUACGUAAUAUCUCGAGCGGUCGUGUCUAGUACACUCGGCGUGUGUGUAAUAGCCGCCGGACUCGUAGUACCUGCUCUUAUACCAGUGUCGCGUAAACGCUCGAGUCGCGUCGAGCUUUCGUGCGUACGGGAUAAUAAUUUAUACAUUACAACAUUUUGCGACAAUGUCAUCGGAGGAGGACCUCCCGAAUGAUCAUCGUCAUCGUCAGUAGUAGAUUGGUUACUCGCACGUAGCAAAUAGGCCAGAGGAGGAGGAGGAGGAUGGUAGCCUUGAGCGCGGCGGCCCAGGCCCAGGCGGCCUUCAGAGCCGUCAUACUCGGCGCACCGGGCUCGGGCAAGGGCACCGUCUCGCAUCGCAUCGCCAAGCUCUUCGGGGUCUGUCACAUAUCCACCGGCGACAGGCUCAGGUAUCACAUAGCGAAGCAGACCGAGCUGGGUAAGCAGGUAAAGGAAUACUUGGAUUCGGGCAAACUCGUGCCCGACGACGUGAUGAUGAAAUUCGUCAGUCAAGAGAUCAAAUUGUCGAAGGGACAGAAUUGGCUACUGGACGGAUUUCCCAGAACGGUGCCUCAAGCCGAGAUGCUCGACAGCGCACAUCCGCCCUCGCUGGUGAUCAAUCUGACGGUGCCCGACGCCGUCAUACUGGAACGAGUGAAAAAUCGCUGGAUCCACGUGCCGAGCGGCCGCGUCUACAAUAUCGGAUUCAGCGAUCCCAAAGUGCCGGGAAAGGACGACGUGACCGGCGAGCCGCUGACGAAACGUCGGGACGACCAGCCGGAGAUCGUCCAGCGCAGACUGCACGAGUACGAGGAGAAGACGCGGCCGGUGAUCGAUUAUUACGACGAGCGCGGCUUGCUCAGAGACUUCGCCGGCGUCAGUACGGACGAGCUCUGGCCGCAGAUAAAACAGUGUCUUCAAGCCCUUAUUUAAUUGCAAAAAUUAUUCGUGCAUGUAAUGAUGAUGCGCGACGAUGAUCGUCGAGAGCACGAGAAUCUUAAUGCACAUUGUACAGUAAUCGAAGGAAAAAAGCUGAUAUAGUUGAAUGUUGUUAGAAAUGUAAUACUUUUUUAUACAAAAGACUGAUUUUGCCUAAAUAAAAUGAAUACGAGAGAUUUUAACAAUUAUAAAUCCGAGUUAUGAUUUUUUGCUCGUGGAUCAUGUUGUAUUUGGAAUUAUUUAUAUUCGAAUGGAUGAUCGACGUAACGAGAUGAACGUCGGUCAAAAUACUUUGUAGCGUUUGAUACUCGUAAACACAAUGUCGCGAAGGAAAAUAAUUUGAGAGAGAAAUUAGCUAUUGUUCAUGAAGCCAUAUCACCAACUAAGAUUUCUAAAAGUUAUUUCAUUAUUUUCUAAGAUUAUAUACUUAUGUCAUAUCUCAAAUUCGAGUUACAUGACAAGACAUGAUGUGAUAUGAUAAUGUGACGUCUCGAUAAAUCAAUAAAUUUUUUUUUCUCUUC